AUGAUCACUCACGACAAUUGCAAAUCAGAGGAUGAACUGGACCUUCACAUUUUCCUAAUUGUGUCUGUUCGUCUCCGUGUCUCAUCAUCAAAGAAAUCAUCACAGAUCACAAUGUGGAAAUUAACUCAAGAUUUUCCAAUUCUUCAGGAGAAGCUCCCCUUCCCUAGAGACGGAGUUCUUGCAGGCUUUGGGUGUCCGAUAUGUUACAAAACUUGCAGAACCAAAAAUCCGUGUGUAUAUCGUAAAAGUGAUUAUACGCACCUCAUUGGCCUCACAUGUCGGGCUUUUGACCACUAUUUCCGGACUCCAAAAAUCAAAGAUGUCAUUGAAGAGGUGUCCAAGCAUAACCAACAAGCACAACACCCCUCUCAAUUUGGACAUCUACCCAUUUCUGAGCCGUCUUCUGUGACAGAAAGCACCUCAAAGGCAACAAAAUCCGAUUUGGAAUGUCACGGUAUCAAUGGUAGAUUUGCUUCUGGACAUCGGAAGCAAUGUCUAAAACGAUGUCCAAACAAGAUGUGUCAACAGGUGGAUCUGAUUUCAGUUGCUGAUAUUCAACUUGAGUGCUGUCGAUCCUCAGACAUAACCUGUUCUGAUCAUCGCUAUGUGAAAGAUACACCCUCGACUUCAGCGGCACCUGUUGAGAGACAAUCCCAAUCAAGAGCUGAGGACCCAUUUAAUAGUGCACUGCAACAGGGCUCUAACCGCGUCAAUCCUCAAGCUGACCGCCAAGCAAUCAAAGAUCUACCACGUGAAGCCAUAGCUCAUCACAAUAACGCUCGCCUGCGUACCCAGGCGGCUAAGGACAGGGGAGAUGACCUCGAGUUGACACUGUGUGUUUGGCUUCAGGCCGGCGAAGCUACGGAAAUACUUGCUACAGCCUCAAAUUUCCCUCGAUAUGCAUUGAAUGAGAGUAGAUCUCUGGGGCGAUUGGCAGAAAAAAUAUUAGGUCCUUCUUGGGAUCUUGAACUGGAGAAACUCAUCGAUGCUCAUCAACCCGUACCACCACCAUCGGACACCAAGAAGUUGUUGAUACGAGCAUUUGGACUUCCGCCUGAAAGCUGUGUUGGUAUUGAUGACUCAAUCACAUCUUUAAAGAGCAAAAUUCUGCCAACUACUGUUGAUAUCCAUGAUCUUCUCCAACCUACCGCGCCCAAGGGGAUUUGGGCUACAUCUCGGGUCACCACUGAUGAUAUGCAAGCUACAUCUAGUAAUGAUAUUGAGUUGGAAUCAGGCUCAGAGAUCGAGUUUGUUGGCACAUCAAAAAGAAAGAAUCCAGCGGGAGCAGACAAAGACAUAGAAAGCUCACCUUUAGCCAAGAAGAAACCUCGAAAACUCUUACCAUUCCCCGGAUUGACUUGUAAGCUAUCGGAGUUGAUGGUUUGGUGUUCGAAGGCACCAGGAGGCUCUGGCUCUGCAAAAGGGGUAGCUAAAGAAACAUGGUAUGAGCUGUUUGGUGAUCGAUAUGAACCUGAUUUUGGAUUAAAGACACCCUAUUGA